AUGUCCCUCUCGACUGAGGAUGCGCAUCCGAAAGCCUAUGACCUUCCGAACGAGCCCAAAGCCGUCGAGGAGAAUCCAGCCGACUACAAUGAACAACCAUCCAAUCGCCAUGGUUCCAUCAUCAUAGGCGAGAAGUCGCCCGGUGUGGCGCGAAUCGAGGCGUUGACCGAAGUCCUGACAUUGACCGACCGUGUAUUCCUCUUCAUCGGUGUGUUUUUGAUAGCCUACGCCUACGGUCUGGACGGCACUGUUCGUUACACCUAUCAAACCACAGCGACAUCUUCUAUGGAAGAGCACUCUCUAUUGGCCACGAUCAACGUUCUUCGUUCUGUCAUUGCUGCCGCAGCACAACCCACCUCGGCGAAAAUUGCCGACGUCUUCGGUCGUUUGGAAUUGAUCUUUGUCAGUGUAGUUUUCUACGUCGUCGGUACCAUCAUCGAGGCAUGUGCGACCAAUGUCUCAACCUUUGCUGGAGGAUCAGUCCUUUACCAAAUUGGCUACACAUGUGUUAUCCUGCUGGUCGAAGUCAUCGUCGCCGAUAUCACUUCCCUCCGAUCUCGAUUGCUAUUCAGCUACAUUCCUGCUCUGCCUUUUAUUAUCAACACCUGGGUCAGUGGCAACAUCACCUCCGCUGUUUUGGGUGUCACGACCUGGCAGUGGGGAAUCGGAAUGUGGUGCAUCAUUUACCCCGUCUGCGCCCUGCCUCUUAUGAUCACACUCUACAUUGUUGGCCGUCGGGCACGCAAAGCCGGAAUCUUGGACAAAUACAAAUCGCCGUACCAGAUGAUGGGAGCAAGGAAGUUAACCAUGGAACUCUUCUGGGCUCUCGACAUUCCCGGCAUCAUCCUACUGAUCGCAGUGUUUGCCCUCAUCUUGACUCCAUUGACCAUUGCAGGCGGUUCGACGUCGUCCUGGCACACGGCUCACGUUAUUGCACCAUUGGUGAUUGGAUUCCUCUGCAUCCCUGCGUUCAUUUUCGUCGAACUGAAAGUGCCCCAUCCACUGGUUCCCUUCCACUUACUGAAAGAUCGAGCCGUCUGGGGCGCCCUGGGAAUUGCCUGCACGUUAAACUUUGCCUGGUACAUGCAAGGCGAUUACCUCUUCACUGUCCUUCGCGUGGCCUUCAACUUCAGCGUCAUGGGCGCGACUCGGAUUUCAUCUCUAUACAGCUUCACAUCUGUCAUUACGGGAUUCGUCUUGGGCCUGAUUGUGUUCAAGGUUCGGCGCCUCAAAUGGUUCAUCGUUGCCGGAACCUGUCUCUUCAUGGUCGCUUUCGGUCUCUUGAUUCACUAUCGUGGAUCUCCCAAUUCAGCCGGUCAAUCGGGCGUGAUUGGUGCCCAAGUUCUACUCGGUUUCGCGGGAGGUCUGUUCCCAUAUCCUGCGCAAGCAUCAAUCCAAGCUGCCACCAAGCAUGAACACGUCGCCGUCAUCACGGGCCUCUAUCUUGCCACCUACAACAUUGGCUCCGCGCUCGGCGGAGCCGUAUCGGGUGCCCUUUGGACUCAAGUUUUGCCGUCAGAGCUCGACGACCGCCUUGCACCAUUUGGCAACUCCACACUCUCAGCGUCGACAUAUGCCAACCCGCUUUUAGUCAUCACGGAAUACCCAGUGGGCACCCCGGAACGCGCGGCUAUCAUCGACGCUUAUCAACAUGUACAGAGGCUGCUUUGCAUCACAGGUAUUUGCCUCUCCGUACUCUUGAUCGGAUUUUCUCUCUGUCUCCGGAACCCCAAGCUAGGUAACGAACAGAGUUUGCCGGAUGCCGAGGAAAAUGUUGUUCGCUGA